AUGGCUUCGACAAGCCCUUUUCUGCUCCCCUGUCUCUCAAUCCUUGUCGGUUUUCUGGCGAUGGCCGCUCAGGCAAGGCCAGGCCGCACCUUUCAUCCAUGCAACACCUUAAUUGUCAUCUCCACCACCACCACCUCCUUUCCCAUCGAAAAGAACCCUAAUUUCGAUACUCAAAACCCAUUCUUGCAGUCUUCUUCUUCUUCCGGCGGCCGAUUCGUUACCUUACUUUUCACGGAGGUCCGACGUGUCAUCCCGCCGAGACCCACAACCACCCUCCAAUCUGAUCCCACGAGAUUGAUCAAUCAUGCCCAGAUGGAGGAGGAAGAAGAAGACAAACUCUCGUUCCCCUUUGGGUUAUAUUCAUCCUCUGUCGGAGCUUCAAUCCGCGAUCGGACAAACGAUAUCCUAAGCGUGGUCGAAUCGCUUCUUUUUGGCGUGGGGUGUGGUGCUCUCACCGCUUCAAUUAUGUACCUGAUUUGGACCCUUUUCAUACCUGACCAUGUAGAAUUUGUGGAUUAUGAAGAUGAGACUGAAACUGGUGAUCAUGAUAUUGAUGCCAGCCCCAAGAAGAUGGGUUACGUCCCGAUUGCUGUAGCCAAGGAAUUCGAGACCUAGAUAAAGAAUGGAGGCUUUGAUUUUACCUUGUUGGUUUUGGUGUUGGUUUCUUUAGAUUUCAAACUUGUAAGCUUGCUUUUGUUAAAACAUGAAAAAUUAUGAAGGAUAUAUUAUAUAUAUUAGAUGCCUAUAUUUUCUU